AUCAUUCACACACAGCGAAACUUUUCCCCUUCUCUUCCACGGUAGUUCCACCGUUUUAGGUCUUGAAGCUGCCCUUAAACCCCUUCUCUCGCUCGCUCUCUCUCUAGACUUAUAGAGAGAGAGACGACGGCUCAAUCUUCCGCCCGGAACAUGGCAGCUCCAGAAGCUCCUCUUUGCUAUGUCGGAGUUGCGAGAAAGUCCGCUGCUUUCCGGCUCAUGAAACAAAUGGGGUGGGAAGAAGGCGAGGGGCUCGGGAAAGACAAGCAAGGGAUCAAAGGGUAUGUUAGGGUUAAGAACAAACAGGACACAACAGGUAUUGGUACAGAGACAAACAAUUGGGCAUUUGAUACAGCACAGUUUGACAGUAUCCUCAAAAGGUUAAAAGUGCAAGCAGUGGCAACGAAGGGUGAUGAAGUUGUUGAGAAGAAUGAAUCUGAAGGUUCAGAUACUGAUGCAUCCAAUGACCGUCAGGUUCCAGUUGUCAAGGCUACUCGGCCACAAGGAAGAUAUAAGAGACGAGAGAGAGGGAAGCUUGUCCAUGCAUAUUCAUCCCAGGAUCUCGAAGGGAUACUUGUGAAAAAAAAUGAUGAGUGCCCUCAGACAAAAUGUAAUCAGGAUGACAGAUUGGAGUCAGCAGAAGUCUUUGAAAGCCAUGUCUAUGAUGUUGAAGGAAAUGAAGAUAAAAUUGUUUCACCGGAUUGGUGGGGCUUUAAAUAUGGGUUCAUCUCAGGAGGUUUUCUUGGAGCAGAAUCUAGGAGAAAGAAAUCCCUCCCUGAAAAUGCCCAAAAUUCUAAUGAGAGAACUGCAUUUCAUGAAGAAGAUCAAGAGAAUCUUUAUAAACUUGUCCAAAAUAAAGCCACAUCAGGGAAGCAAGGAUUGGGUAUUAAGGAUCGACCAAGAAAAAUAGCUGGUUGCCACUUUCAAGGGAAAAAGACAUCUUUUGAUGACAGUGAUGAUGGAGAUUCCAGUGAUUGUCGCUUUUCAUCAAAACGAAAACAAUGUGACAUUUUAGAAGUGGAAAGGAAUGCUGAACCAAAAGUGAAGCUCAAAAAACUGUGUAGACAACUUCUUCGUCAGGUGCCUGGAGAGACCUUAAAGCUAAAACAGCUUAAAAGUCUUAUUGAUGAACGGUCGUACUCUGUUUUUUCCAACUUCUCUUCAAAAGGAGAGGCUCUUACUUUUUUGAAACAGAAGCUAGAAGGCAGUGAGAACUUCUCCGUGAAGGGAAAGAGAGUGAGUCUCUCAGUGAAGAGAGGCCGAUAAAUUUUUGCUCGGCAUUUAAGAUACCUGUAGCGAUACGUACAUUGCAGCUGAGUGAGACUAGAUUAAUAGAAGUUAUACACCAUGUUGUUAUUGGGUUUGUUCAAGAGGUUGCAUGUACUCAUUUUAAUUGCGUCUCAUUUGUUUUGAAUGAAUAGAAUACUGAUGGUUACAUUUUAGCUUUAGACACCAAUUGCAGUUCUAUUGAUCAUGCAGUUGUAGGAUUUAUUGAAGACUUGGCUUGUAUUGUGAUACUUAUUGCCCAUUUGUUUUGAACGAAUAUAAUUUUAUUUUUUAUUUAAAAAGAGUAAACCCGGAGUUCAUGAAA